AUGAAAGCACUUACAAAAACUAUUCACUCGACGAAUCCAAAAAAACGACGGAUAGGAGCAAUAAGGCGAGGUAGUAUUGAAGUUGCAGUUUUAACGGAAGGUGAAAGGAGAGGAACUGAAACAAGAGAGGCAGUAAUUUUCUUUGAAAGCGAAAAAUUUUGCACGUUGUCGAGAAUUUGCGGAUUUAUCACAUUGAGAGAGCAGACUGUCGCUCUGGAUUCCUCAGUGAAUCUGAUCAGUAGUGAUCUUACAUUAGAUUCCUCUUAG